AUGUCUGAAACGGGUCGUCGCGGUGCUGCCUACACUAUUGACAAUAUUCUCGGACAUACAGACAGACAAACAGAUCGAAUAGAACUGAAAAGUGAAAGCGGCGCGCACUCAGACUCCGAUCAUGAGCACGAUCAUGAACACGAUCACAGCGAUCACGCACACAACGAGCACACCGACCACGGCGAACAUUUGGACCACGGCGAACAUUUAGAGGCACUCGACGCUGGCAGACCGCGCAAGCAGGUACGCCGCAGCCGGACAACGUUUACCACAUACCAGCUGCACGAGCUGGAGAGGGCGUUCGAUAAGACGCAGUACCCUGAUGUCUUCACCAGAGAAGAAUUGGCCAUGCGGCUGGACCUUAGCGAAGCCAGAGUUCAGGUCUGGUUCCAGAACAGACGAGCGAAAUGGCGUAAAAGGGAGAAAGCAAUGGGAAGAGACCAUGCACCAUUUAUGCAUCACGAACAUGUAGUCGGCGAUUGGGCGGGCGGCGCCCCACCGGGGGGAGAGUGGUGGGCACUGGGCUUAGGGGCGGGACUCGGAGCCCUAGGAGUCCCAACCCCACUGUGGCAUGAUGCUGAACCGGCUGCAGCUUUCCGUGCAUUGCUACAUAGGUACGUACUGGCGUUACCACCUCCAGCGUUGCGUCCACCAGAACCAGACCCACCAGCGCCUUCAUCACCCCCGUCCCCACCAUCCCCUUCAUCCUCGCUGGCGCGUCUGGCAAGCGCUGAAGCACUACGCCUAAGAGCCCACGACGCAUUGCUGCAAGAUCGCGUCGUCUUACAACAUAAUAAUAAAGUACACACGUAACCUGAUUUAAAUUUGGAAUUAGAAUUGUGAUCUAUAUAAAUUAUAACCCCAUUUGAAUUGAGAAUGGUAAGUUUGUUUUGUAACUAUUAUUUAUGUGAUGCCAUGAUAAAGAAAGAAAAAGAAAUUUAAACUUGGAAUUAAAAUUAUGAGUAAACCUCAUUUGAAUUUGGAAUUACAUUUACGAGAACUAUUUUCAAACUAGAAU